ACGCUGUUUUGGUUCGAGGCGGAAGUGCGCCUGAGCGGUUGCUCGAGCCCCGGGUCUGAGUCACACUCAGGGCGUCGGGAUGGAGCUGGGAGCCGAGGCCGGGGUCGUGCUGCACAUCGUGGUGGUCGGUUUUCACCACAAGAAGGGUUGCCAGGUUGAAUUUUCAUAUCCACCAUUGGUUCCAGAAGAAGGACAUGAUGGUCACAGCUUGCCUGAGGAGUGGAAAUACCUCCCAUUUCUGGCCCUGCCUGAUGGAGCACACAACUACCAGGAAGAUACCAUUUAUUUUCAUUUACCUCCAAGGAUUGGGAAUCGAAAGACAGUUUAUGGUGUUUCCUGCUAUCGACAAAUUGAAGCUAAGACCCUGAAGGUUCGGCAGGCCGAUGUCACAAGAGAAACUGUACAGAAGAGCGUGUGUGUACUCAGUAGGUUGCCACUUUAUGGGUUGCUUCAAGCAAAAUUGCAGCUCAUCACCCAUGCUUACUUUGAGGAGAAAGAUUUUUCACAGAUUUCUAUCCUAAAGGAACUUUAUGAACACAUGAACAGCUCUUUAGGAGGAAAUGCAUUAGAAGGUUCCCAGGCAUGCUUGGGUCUGUCUCCACGGGACCUGGUUCUCCAUUUCAGACACAAGACAAUAAUUCUCUUCAAGUUGAUUCUUUUAGAGAAGAAGGUUCUGUUUUAUUUAUCACCAGUAAAUCGUCUGGUUGGAACUCUGAUGACGGUUCUGUCACUUUUUCCAGGAAUGGUAGAACAUGGUUUAGCAGAUUCAUCGCAAUACAAGCCACGAAAGAGCACCUCUGAGGAAGUUGUUUUCCAGGAACAUGGUUUGAAUACGGAAGAAUAUGUUUCCAUUUCUGUGUCAGACAUUUCAAACCCUGCUUCAGAAUUCAGUGUAAAGACAAAAUAUCCAGGAGGAGAUCAUCAGGUGAAGGUUAUGGCAAAAGUGGUGACCUUUUCGGAUGUACAGAGUUCUGAGCAGGCAAAUAGUAGACUUCAGCAGCCACUGCAGCCUCCACAAUGCGCUUCACCUAACUCAUCAGAGAGCGAUUGGGAAACUUUGGAUCCAAGCAUUCUUGAUGCAGAUAAUGGGAUAAAGGAAGACACGUUGAAUGAAAAGGAUAAUUCUGACCAAAAAGAAGUGUUUACACCAGAUUCCUUAAUUUCCCAGUCCUUGCCAAUCACAGUACAACCACAGGCUAACACAGGCCAGACAGUGAUAGUCCCGGGACUAAUUUCUGGUCUUGAGGAAGACCAAUAUGGAAUGCCGUUAGCUAUUUUCACUAAGGGUUAUCUUUGUUUACCAUACAUGGCUUUGCAGCAGCACCACCUUCUCUCUGAUGUCACUGUGCGUGGGUUUGUUGCUGGAGCAACAAAUAUCCUUUUUCGCCAGCAGAAGCACUUGAGUGAUGCAGUUAUUGAUAUUGAGGAAGCUGCGAUACAGACACAUGAUCCGGAGCUACGCAAACUGUUGAACCUCACCACAGCAGACCUACGUUUUGCAGAUUUUUUGGUGAAGCAUGUAACUGAAAAUAGGGAUGAUAUCUUUCUCGAUGGUACGGGUUGGGAAGGAGGAGAUGAAUGGAUCAGGGCCCAGUUUGCACUCUAUAUUCAUUCCCUUCUUGCCACUACUUUGCAGCCAGAUAAUGAGAAAAUGUUAGCAGACUAUGGCAAUUUGUUUGUCACUGCAUGGAAGAAUACACACAACUUCAGAGUGUGGAAUAGCAACAAACACCCUGCUGUCACUGAAGUCAAUCCUGGCCAUCCAUUCCAGGGGCAGUACAAUGUAUCGGAUGUCAAGCUAAGAUUGUCGCAUUCUGUACAGAAUAGUGAACGUGGGAAGAAACUUGGCAAUGCAAUGAUCUCCACGAGCCGCAGUAUGGUGCAGACAGGAAAGGCAGUCGGUCAGUCUGUAGGAGGGGCACUCACGAGCGCCAAGUCUGCUAUGACUUCUUGGUUUUCUACCUUCAAUCAACAGUCCACAACAACCUACUCCGAGAGACAAACUGGGAAACAUUGAUCACAUCAGAGGCUUAUUGCAUGCACUGGCUAUUCCAAUAUUAUCGUGUAGUGAGCUGGGACUCAUCAAUAACCAUUCCUUUUAUUAAUAAGUCAAGCUCUGUAUCCUAUUUCCAGUGCUGGAUAAUGAAGAUGAGAUGCAUCAGUGUUUACGUAUUUCAUGUAUAUAGUUCCAAAAUGAAAUCAACUGAGUUUUCACUAUUGAAUGCUUGCUGAUUAAAUGUAGAACGUGUUUUGGGUAAUUCAAUUGUUUCACUGCAGCCAAUGCCUGAUUGUCACAGUUAUUUUUUCCUCACAUUUUAUGUCAAACAAUAGAGGUCCAUGGAUAAAUGUAUGAACUAAAUUCUUCCCCCUCCAAGUGCAUUUCCUAAUUUGAAAUUGGAGUUAUUAGCAUUGAAGCAUAAAUUGGUAAACAGCUUACAUUUUACAUUUAAUUUUUCAACUUUGAAACAAACUAUUGGUAGACUCUGCCAAUUAUGGUCACUAAACCAAAUUACUAAAAUGAGUAGCUCUUUUUAAUUAGAAUCCACUUCUGUACUUAACUCACUUUCUGCUAUAAAAGGAGAACACUGUCUGGCAUAAAAUUAUAUAUCUCAAUUUUUAAGCAACAAUUAAAAUAUUCCAAUGUUUUUGCAAGGAACGACACUAGGCUUCAUGCGUUUCAAUAUGAACAGGUUGCAUUAAAAGACACUAUCAGUAAAAACGAAAACAUUAUUGUGGGUUUAAUCCCCACCCACCCCAUUCCACCCAAAAGUGUUUAAAAAAAAUUAGGUAUCUUAAAAUCUUGAAAACUAAACACUAAUUUUUGAUCCAUCUUUGUGCUUGUAAUGGGAAUGUGCAAUGGAGUGCUAUAUUCAGUACAAAGAAAUUGCAUUGAGCUUUGCAAAAGUCCAGUCAUGCUCCAAGAUACUUGUUUUUUUAUUUGUUGUAAGCCAUUCUGAGCAUGUUAUUUUCCUGUAUCUAAUGUGAAGUUAGUUGGUUAUUGUGAAAUAGAGUCUUAAAAAUGCAGUUUACUCUGUAUUCUGAUACCAGAAAAACAACUUUGGAUGAUUCCAUCUUUGUCAUUAGCAAAUAUUCAGGGGACGACCCUCUAUUAAAAGCUACUUAAACUAGUAAAAUGCAAAGUUCCACAGUUGGUUGCCCAGUUUGUCACCUUUGAUAAAUAACAAAGUAGUGAAGUUAUUCCUUGGCCAAGUUCUGUAUCAGUGUUUUUUUUGGAGGUGGGUUGGGAAGGGGAGGCAGGAAGGAGGAAAGAGAGAGAAUUAAACAUGAGUCUGUCUUCAGUCAUGUUUCAAGUACACAAUUUAAAUUUUCAUACAGGGGUUUAAUAUCUUUAGAUCCAAUUGAGACUGGUUAUAAUCAUUUAAUCAAGGGUCCUUUUCCUGUGCAAGUUUUCUCAUUUUCUGAUGAAACCUGCUGAACUAUAUGUCAUCCAAACAGCUUUUUCUGAAUGCAGAAUCAAAUUGUAACCAGAUACUAGUGUCAAAAGUAUUGUUUCACAAAAGAUCUUUGUAUUGGAUUUAUCACAAACACCUAAUUAUAUUUUAUUCAAAUAUUUAAAUUUUGUGAAACUGCUGAGAUAUAUACUAUAGUUUUGAUGUGUUAUUCUACAGAAAUUAUAGCCUUGCAGAUGUUUUAUUAUAUUUCUAUUCACUCAAACAAUGAACUUUGCUAUAAACAUGUUAUGUACCAAAGAAAUCAGUCUUUCUUGUAAUUAUGUCAUCAGAAAUGUUUUUGCUGUUUUUAGGAUUCUUGCACAGCUAUAAGGUUACAUGUUUAGUUUAGACUUGAUUAAUACUUCUAUAAAACUGAUUUCUCCAACUGCA